GGUGGGAGAUUAAUUUCCUAGUUGGAUACGCAGUUAAAUAUAUCUUCAUAUACAAAAAAUGGCAGAAAAUUCGAAGCUGGGGCAAUUGAUCAUGUAUUCUGAUGAUCGGAGCUCGAAUCUCAAAGACGGAAAAACGGGAGAAAAAAUUGCUCGGAAAUUAUCAUUUUCCGAUCACUCGAGCUGCAGUAAGUCAGAUAGAUUUGUGGUGGACAUGGCACAUCUCAUGGAUAAAGACAUCAACAAUACAAAUUCAAGAAUUACAUUGCAGAGGAAUAUUUCAAGAAAAGGAUCAGUCAGAAAUGGAGACCUGAAAAUAAAUGGUGACAAUAGAGAGACUGUCACAACUUCACCAAAAGGCACAAAAACUGCAGCUGGCAGCACGCCGGAAAAGCCAGGUGUGGUGGCGGUGGGACCCGCGAACCACUCCCAUCAUCAGAUCACCAUCACUGGCGGCAGCCCCGCAGCCGAGGGCAAAUCGGCCGGCAGGAGGUUCGGUUUACGGCGAGCUCAGCCGGUGAGGAUUUGUGAUUCUAAAAGGAUACUCUUCCUUUUUGCAACCCUGUAA